UCUACUCAAUGUCCCAACUUCCAAGGUUAUUUAUUUUCAAUUCUUAAAUUUUGAAUGUUUACAAUUUGUUUUACAAAAAAUUGAAAAGUCCUUACUUAUCAAUUCGUGACAUGUUCAGGUAAUUUCUCCAAUCCGUUUUGGCGUAUUAUUAUAACACAUGUGUAAAUAAAUUGUACCAGUGAUGUCUGACGGUGCUCAAUUUUUCGUCGACCGGGCCAAAGGUGGCCGGGCGUCUUGCAAAGGUUGUAAAGGUAACUGCCCUAGUGGAGAAUUGCGUUUAGCGAAACUAGUGUACAGCCCUUACGGUGAAAACCAGCAAAUGAAAUCGUGGCACCACAUAGAUUGCCUUAUGAAUGCCCUUAUAAAACAACGUCCCACAACCAAACGCAUAGAAUCAAUCGACGAUAUCGGCAACUGGGAUAAUAUAAAUAAAGAUGAUCAGGAAUUCAUAUUGAAGAAAAUCAAUGAAAUGGAAAAGGUUUAUGAGCAGAAAAACAAUGGAAAAUAUACUGCAAAGGUGUUAAAAAAUGUGCGGCCCGAAAAAAACAUUGCAAACAUUCCUGGUACUAGUGAUAAGAAAACUUGUAUUGAUAAAAAUGAUAUAAAGGCUGAAAUCAUUACUGAUGAUAAUAAUUUCAGUAAAUUUUUCUCUCUAUGCAAAAAAAUAUCUAAGGUUGAUGCAUAUACUGACAAGACUGCAGUGGUGAACAAUUUCUUUACAAAAGGGUCAGAUGGUAAAACAUUUAAAGGCGAUCUUGCUCUUUGGUGUAAAUUACUUCUUCCUCAAGUUUCCAAGAGAGUGUACAAUCUUAAAAGUAAGCAGUUGGUAAAACUUUUUUCAAGAAUUUUUAGUAUCGACCAUGAUGACAUGUUAACUCAUUUAGAACAAGGUGACGUUGCUGAUACAAUCCAGCAUUUUUUUACCAAAUCCCAAACUUACAAACCUUCAUCUGAAAGUACUUUAACUAUACAUGAAGUUGAAGAUUUCUUAGUGGAUUUGUCAAAGUUAACAAAAGAGGAAGAGCAAAUAUAUCACUUUAAAAAGAUUGUUAAAAUAUGUACAUUAGAUGACUUAAAAAUGUUAAUAAGGUUAAUAAAAGGGGACUUGCGAAUUAAUGCUGGCCCUAAACAUAUUCUAGAAGGUGUGCAUCCUGAUGCAUAUAGUGUCUUUCAAACUUCUCGAGACCUUGACAUGAUGUUAAGUCGAGUAUUGCCUCAAAGCAGUGCAGUUAAGCACAAGGAUGCUAUACAAAAUAAUGUGCAAGCAAAACUGAGCCUUAUGACCCCAGUAUUACCCAUGUUAGCUGAGGCAUGCAAAUCUGUGGAAAUGGCUAUGAAAAAGUGCCCUAAUGGAAUGUUUUCCGAAAUUAAAUAUGAUGGAGAAAGAGUACAAGUGCAUAAAAAGGAUAAUGAGUUUAAAUAUUUCUCACGAGCAUUAAAACCUGUUAUGGCACACAAAGUUAACCAUUUUAAAGACUACUUACCUAAAGCAUUUCCUAAAGGUAAUGAUUUGAUAUUAGAUGCUGAAGUAUUAAUGGUAGAUGUUAAUACAGGGAAACCUUUACCUUUUGGUACAUUGGGAAAACAUAAGCAUUCAGAGUUUAAGGAUGCCCAAGUUUGUUUGUAUAUUUUUGAUUGCUUGUAUUAUAAUGGGGAGAUAUUGAUAGAUAUCCCUAUAAGGAAGAGGCGUCAAAUACUGUAUGAUAAUAUGAUUGAAGUUAAAAAUCGUGUUAUGUUUUCGGAGCAACAGCUUAUUUACAAACCAAGUGACUUAGCUAAUAUGAUUGCAGAGGUGUUACAGCAUGGUUUAGAAGGGCUUGUGUUAAAAGAUCUGGAAUCAACCUACGAGCCAGGCAAGAGGCAUUGGUUGAAAGUGAAAAAAGAUUAUCUAUUUGACGGUGCCAUGGCUGAUACUGCUGAUCUUGUGGUUUUAGGAGCGUGGUUUGGUACUGGUAAAAAAGGAGGUAUGAUGUCAGUAUUCCUAAUGGGCUGUCUGGACACUCACCGGAAUUAUUGGGUUACAGUAACCAAAGUCCACACAGGACAUGAUGACAGCACAUUGGAAAGGCUGCAGAAAGAGUUGGGCCCACUCAUGGUCAAAAUAUCGCAGGAUUAUACAAAAAUACCGCCUUGGUUGGAUUGCAGUAAAGGAAUGGUGCCGGAUUUUGUCGCUAAGGAUCCCAAAAAACAACCUGUGUGGGAAAUAACUGGUACUGAAUUAACAAAAGCUAACAUACACACGGCAGAAGGCAUAUCUGUACGAUUUCCAAGAGUAACACGAAUACGGGAUGACAAAAACUGGGAAAGUGCUACCAACUUGGAUGAACUAAAACAUCUCUAUAAAACGUCUAAAGAAAAAACUGACGUCACACUUCUAAACAAAUUGGCAGCAACCGCAGAUGAUAACUAUGAACCGCCAGAAAAGAAAACUAAGCAGAGUCCUAAACAAAAUAAACUGAAGAACAAAAUGGCUACCAGUCCCAAUAAAAUUGGACUUUUAGAUAAGUUUAUUGUUAAAGACGAAAAACCUCUUAAACAAGAAAGCGUUGAAGACAUGAAAUCUCCUAAAAAAGAAAUAGAUUUAGCAGAACGGAAAAUAAAAGACUUAAAUGCAAGCAGUUCAUCAGAAAAAGUAAAAAGUAAAAUAAAGAAAAUCGAUGAAAGUAAUUCAUCAGAAACUCUGCGUGAUUCUGAUGGUUCUUCUGACGAUGAAAACCUUGAAGAACCGAAAUAUCCUUUGCCUGAUGCAUUCAAAGAUAAAAGACUAGGUUUUUAUCCAGAUUUCAUAAGCAUACCUGAAAAAUUAAGAAAUAAUUUCGAGAGACACUGGAUAGCUUACGGAGGCGUUGUAGUCAAAUCAAUGAAAUCAAUGGAUGUUGAUUAUGUUGUACAUAACCAAGAUGUUAUAGAGUUUAAGAAGAUGAUAAAAUUAAAGAAAAAAAUACCGGAAUAUGUGCGGCACGUUACUAAGGGUUGGUUGAUAAAAUGUAUAAAUCGUGUUGAAUUGUGUGAUACGAAAGAUUUUGCUGUUUUCGUAGAACCGCCAUGAAUUAUUUAGGAAGGUUGUUUGCAUUUUGUUUAUAGAAAUAGCAGUCGUUCAUUGCCAAGUUCAAGAAAUCACUAAUCUACUUUUAAAAUACGUUAAAUUUUUCCAGAAAAUAAACCGUCUUGUGAUAAAAAUAAAAUAAA